AUGAAUAUCUAUCACCCUCGUUUGGAAAAUUAUGAACCGAAACAAUCCUUCUAUGUAAUGAAUAAAAUACUCAAACUAUUAAUCGCUUUGCAAAUGAUUUUGGUUUUUUUCAGGAUUUUUGUAAGAAAUUAAGAACCAUUUUUUUUGUCUGAUUGUUUAAAUGCGUGUAUGAUGAUGCUCACUUAUUGUUAAAAAGUAUGAUACUAGAGUAAAAUAUUAGAAUUAUUGUCUUGCAUUAAUCACAAUGUUUUAUAUUUUCUCAUUGAUAUAUUUGAAUGCAAUCUUCUUUUUGUAGUUUGUUGAAUAUAAAUUGCCCUUUUUUAUUGAUUAUACUAAAAAUUUUACUCUGAUGCUGGUAUUAUUUUCACCUAAAUUUAGAUUUUCUCGACUCUGCUUUACGUUUUUGAAUCAAUCAUGCUAUACUAAGUUUAUAAGGAAUUCAAGGGAAUAAUUUAUGACAUUAAUCAAGAAUAUUUAGAGAGUGCCUAAUAAGAUUAACAAGAACCACAAAUUAUGGAUGAAAUACUGUCUUAAAAUUAAGAAUAAUAUGUCUAACAGAUUAACUAAUAGUAAUAAUAGUAGGCCGAACAAGAGAUUGAAAAUUAAUCAAUUUAGGAACCAAACAUUGCUGCUGGAUCAUUAUAAAGAAGAGUGCAUAAUCAAAGAUCAAGACAACAAUAAGAACUUUAAGAAUUACAAUAAUGA